AUGGCGUCCGUCUGUCCUAUAGUCGUUUCUUUGAUUCUGCAGUCGCUCGCUGUCGAGGAUGCCGACCAAAAAGUCAUACACCAGCUGCUCGAGUUUGCACACCGAUAUACGACGGACGUUUUCCAGGAUGCUUUACUCUACUCUGAACACGCAGGAAGGACGGACGUGGGCUUGGACGACGUUCGACUUGCCAUCCAAGGACGUGUCAACCACUCCUUCACCUCACCGCCGCCCAAAGAGUUCCUUCUGGAGCUCGCAGAGGAAAAGAACAGGGUGCCACUACCAUUGAUCCCAGAAAAGUACGGGAUCCGUCUGCCACAUGAACGCCACUGCCUAACCGCCGUCAACUUCCAGCUCAUCCCUGAGCUUCCACCACCAACUCACAAAGAUGUCGCAAAGGAAGCAGCAUUAUCUGCAGGACAGGAUGAGGCAGGGACACCAUCACUGUUCAAGGUCAAGGAGGAAGAAGCAGGGGACCACUCUGAUGAAGAGAUGGAGGAAGUGGCCCAGGUGCCCUUGCCACAGAGCCAACAGAAUCUGGCAAACCACGAUGCAUGGAAACGCAAACGGGCAGACGAGGAGGAAAACUAUGAUGAUGACGACGAGUAA